UGCGAUUGAAGUCCUUAGUCCUCAUCAGAAUUCGAGCUCCUUCCCAAUGCGUCAAACGAAUGAUGGAAACCGAACCGAUUAACGCCGGGCGCCUGGCGCGCGCGCUGACCCUCUUGGUGGUAUGGAUCAAGACGAAUCAAUAUUUUCGGUGUCUCUGGAAGUCUCAGACUGGUCUCCUCUCUGUUUCCGGGCUCUGUAUAAAGGUCAAACCGUACGCGAACCCGGCAGAGGCACACACUAUGCAGUUCAUCGCCCGGCGGACCUCUAUUCCAGUCCCCAAAGUGCACUGUGCCUUUGUCCACCAGAGUGCCACAUACAUUGUCAUGAGCAAGAUCGACGGGCAAAUGGCAUGGCUGCACUGGAAGGGGCGUUCGGAAGCAUCCCAACGCCGGAUUCUCGAUCAGCUACAUAGCAUGGUUUCCCAACUGCGCGCUAUCGCCCCAACAGAAGGCAUCGGAAUUGCCAAUGUCGAUGGCGGCCCUAUUUACGACUGUCGCUUGCCUUCGAAAUCGUUUUGGGGUCCCUUUGCUACGGUACGGGACUUUCAUACGGAGCUUGUUAAUGGUGCCAAUCUUGAAGUUCGCUAUGAGAAUCAACCUCCAGACCUGGAUGAACUCUUUGAUUUCUAUCGUCAAGCGAACAACAAAACAGUCUUGACACAUGGCGACUUAAGCAGCUUCAAUGUUCUAAAACGGGGAGAUGAAGUCGUUGGCAUCGUUGAUUGGGAAACGGCAGGCUGGAUGCCCUCAUACUGGGAGUACACGUCUGCAUGGUUUGUGAAUCCCCAAAACCCGUUUUGGCAGCAAGAGGUAGACAAGUUUCUAUCGCCUAUGCCGUAUGAGCUGAGGAUGGAAAACAUACGUCGCAGAUAUUUCAGCGCAACCUGAGCUAAAUCAAAACU